AUGUUAGGAAAAGAGAGUAAGAUUUUGAUUAUAGGUGGUGGCACCUGGGGUUUAUCAACUGCCCUUUAUUUGUUGCGUGAUAAUUAUACAGAUGUGACUAUAAUCGAUGCUGAAGAAAUACCAUCUUCUAGAUCAGCAGGAAAUGAUAUAAAUAAAAUAAUUAGAAUAGGGUAUACCUCUGAGUUUCAUUCACGCUUAGAGUUAGAGGCAGCAGAAUUAUGGAGAAACGAUCCUUUAUUCAAACCGUUUUUUCACGAAGUUGGCUAUCUAGUCUGUACGUCUGAAGAAGCACCCUUGGAAGAGUUGAAUCUCAUUAGAAGAAUCAGAUUGGAUAUGAACAGGAAAGAUUGGGAGGAACUUAAUACUAAGGAGGACAUCAUUUCAGGCGCCCCAAUUCUUCACAAAGGGACAUUACCUGGCUGGCGUGGCUAUCUACAAAGAAAUGAAGGUGGAUGGGUGCAUGCUGCCAACACGAUGAGAGCAGUGGCUAAUGAGAUUCGCCGCUUGGGAGGAAAAUUUGUCACUGAUGAAAUAUCGUCUUUAUUAUUUGAGGCUGGAAGUGUGAAGGGGUGCAGAAGUUUUACCGGAAAGGAGUACUUUGCCGAUAAAACUAUCCUAUCUACUGGUGCUUCUUCAGUCAAACUUUUAGAUUUCAAAAACCAGCUUAUGGCUAAAUGUUGGACCUUGGGUCACAUUAAGUUAAGUACAGAAGAAUCCGAAAGAUUCAAAGACAUUCCAGUUAUUAGAAGCUUAGAAGGUGGAUUUUUCUUCCAACCUGAUGAAAACAAUGAGAUGAAAAUCUGUAAUGAGUUUCCAGGAUAUACACAUUAUAUAAGUGAACAGAAGGAACCAAAUACUUCAGUUCCGGAAUAUAUCAACACUGUUCCUGUUGAAGCUGAAAAAGGAAUUAGAAAGCUAUUGAAAGAAACUAUUCCAGAUUUUAGGGAUAAACCGAUUGUUAUGUCUAAAAUUUGUUGGUGUACAGAUACCCCAGACAGAUAUUAUUUAAUCGACGAAUACCCAGAAAGCAAUGGUAGUUUAAUUUUAGCUACUGGUGAUUCAGGUCAUGGAUUCCAACUCAUUCCAACAAUAGGGAAGUAUAUCAGCAAAUUAGCUGUACUCGGUAAGGAUGGAUUAGACAAGGAGCAACAAUAUAGAUGGAGAUGGAGACCAGAGACUGUAAAGGAUAGAAUUCAAAAUCGUUAUGGUGGAGAAGGACAUGUAAAAGACCUUAAAGAUAUAAAGGAUUGGAUUUAG